AUGGCGGACUCGGAAUUUGGAGACGAGUCAGAAUAUGGUCCAUCUUCUGUCAGGGAUGUCAUCAUGGAUGCGGUCCUCACGCCGUUCCGCGCGCUGGUAUCCAAGUCUGCCUUACGGCUAUACCUGAAUACGCUGCUGUUCAUGGGCGCCGCAGCGCUCCUAAUUGGUAUCUCUGCAAUUGCCUACGGGGUCUUCUAUUUCAAAUUCAUCCCCACGGUCGGACUACAGCGCGAAGUCCAUCUACAAUUCGGCAAUGGCAACCCCUGGGGCACAGCAAACUUCGACUCGGAAUUCGUGGCUUUCCAACCUUACGAUGUAUCCGUGACGCUCGAGCUUCCACGCACACCCUCAAAUCUCGAUACAGGCAACUUCAUGCUCGACCUCACCCUCUUUUCCUCCCGCCCGGCCUCGUCCCUCCUACCCGGUCUGAAUAACACCCCGAUAUCACAGGCCCGCCGUCCUGCUAUCAUGACUUAUGCUUCGCCGCUGGUGGAUGUUGCCCGGAGAGCGGCACGUAUGCCGCUUUAUGUUGUUGGCUGGCGCCGGGAGUCGGAGACGUUGGAGGUACCGAUGAUGGAACAGCUUGAGUUUACGAAGGGGGGCCAGAACUUGCCGCAGAGUCUGCGACUGGAAAUUCAAAGUGACUCGAAGAUGCAGGUUUAUACCGCUCAAGUGGAAUUCCGGGCUAGGCUUACGGGGCUUAGAUGGCUUAUGUGGCGCUGGAAGAUUACUUCUUUUGUUGUUUUCAGCACUCUGUUCUGGUCUGUCUCUAUGCUCUCUGCUGGCUUGACGUGGCUGGCGAUGACUUGGAUUUGGGAGACUAUGCCUAAGAAUGAGAUCAAGGAGGAGCCGGAAGAGCCUAUCAAAGAAGAGUCCGAGGACGGAGAUACUUCUGAAUCUACCGAGGUCAAAAAGGAGGAGCAGGAGGAGCAGGAGGAACAGGAAAGGAUAUUGCUUUCUAACUACCCGGCUGAGGGUGAUGAAGCCGGUACAGGCUCUGGACUAGAAAGCGCAGAAGCACGUGGAGUCACCAACGACGACGGUCCUCCGUCAAAUCAGUCAUCGCCGUACGUGCAUUCGCUCGUCCAAUCGCUCCAGUCCGCCGGCCACACGGUAUCGGUUAUUCUCCCGCACCAGCAGCGAUCAUGGAUCGGUAAAGCCCACAUCGUAGGCGCAUCCGUCAAACCUACCUAUUUUCGGCCCGGCACGCUUCACCAAGAAGACGGGACAACACAUCAUCUGCCCCGAGGUAGUGAUGGUGAACCCGACGAAGGUGAAGGUGAUGAAUGGGUUUUGAUCGACUCGACCCCCGCAAGCUGUGUCCAGAUCGGUCUAUAUCACUACUUCAAAGAACGGGGCCCUGUUGAUGUCAUCGUGUCCGGUCCGAACUAUGGCCGCAACACAACCGCUCUGUUCGCAUUGUCGAGUGGAACUAUUGGCGCAGCGUUGGAAGGUGCCUGCUGUGGGACGCGUUCAAUCGCUCUGUCGUAUGCUUUCAGCUCUCGCAACCAUGACCCUGUUAUUAUCGCAGAGGCCUCGGGACAUUCGGUCAAGUUGAUUGAACAUCUUUGCGCGAACUGGGCAGAUGGCGUGCACCUCUAUAGCGUUAAUGUUCCCCUCGAACCCGGCGUUAGUGAGAACAAGGUCUUAUAUACCGAUAUGCUGCAGAAUCAGUGGACCGGGAGUUGCUUCCAGGCCGUCGACCCCACAUCGGCGGAGGACCCUGAUUUGCAAGAACAGCUGCUGCGCGACCAAGGCGAGGUGGCAGGAGAUAAACCGGAUCAGACUGUCGGUGCCAGCGAGAAGUCAUCCAUUGGACCCCGAAUUCAGCACAAGCAUUUCAAGUGGGCGCCGAGCUUCCAGGAUGUUUACCGAAGCGUGGAGGAAAGUGAACCUGGCAACGAUGGCUGGACCGUUAAGGAGCAAAUGACUAGCGUAACGCCUCUCAAGGCCAAUUUCAUGCCCGCGCCCAGUCUUUCGGGGGAAAUUAAGCUAUCGGCUAACCAACCCUCGUUGUAUUCCUUUGUCGACUGCGAUGACUCCUACGUGCAAGAGAUGGUUGACCGGGCAUUGACCCGUCGCCUGGGAAGUGCCUCCAAGCGUGUGUCUUCCUUGUCUGAACUACCAGACUCUUCCGCGCCGCUUUUCCAGUACCGCGAAUACGAGCGUCUCGACUUCGAGCAUAUCAUGUCCAGGCCCUCGACAUCUCUUUCGAGCGCAUACAUUAUCCGGAAAGCUUUGAUUCGCAAGCACUAUCUCUCAAAUACAGUGGCAAAUUGGAUCUCAAAGCACCCGGAUAGCAUCCUACGACACCAUUUCAAGCCCGCAUUCGACUUCGAACUCGACUAUGCCGAGUUCCUUGACGACGCCUUGCUAGAAGCAUACGAGCUAAACGACAGUCUAGCCAAAAACGAAGAGCGACCCGACUCCGAAAAGGAAUGGUGGAUCCUCAAGCCCGGCAUGAGCGAUCGAGGCCAGGGAAUCCGCAUCUUCAACAGCGAAGACCAGCUACGCGAAAUCUUCGAGGAGUGGGAAGAAGACUCAGACGAUGAAAGCGGAUCUGAGACACACACCGACGACGCGGAAGGCAAUGUCGGCGCCGCCCUGGACACAGGCAUCGUCACUUCACAGCUCCGCCACUUCCUCGCACAACCCUACAUCGACCCUCCCCUCCUUCUCCCAUCGUCCUCGAACCGUAAAUUCCAUAUCCGCACCUAUGUGCUCGCCUCGGGCUCGCUCAAAGUCUACGUCUUCAAGGAGAUGCUCGCACUAUUUGCUGCUAAGACCUACUGCGCCCCGCACGAAGAGGACGACGUCGCCGACCUCGCGCGCCAUCUGACCAACACCUGUUUCCAGGAAGGCGGUAGCUCGAACAAAGAGAGUGUACGUCGCUUCUGGGACCUCGAUCAUCAUGUCCCCGGUCUCAGUGCAGACUGGAAGGAGAAGAUCUUUGAGCAGAUCUGCUCGGUGACGGGUGAGGUGUUUGAGGCUGCGGCUCGGGGUAUGAUGGUUCAUUUCCAGACUCUGCCUAAUGCGUUUGAGUUGUUUGGUGUUGAUUUCCUCGUUGAUGCUAAUGGGGAGGUGUGGCUGCUGGAGCUCAACGCAUACCCGGAUUUCGCGCAGACUGGUGAGGAUCUGAAGGAGGCUGUUGUUGGGCGCUUGUUUGAGGAGGUGGUUGAUGUUGCUGUUAAGCCGUUCUUUGGACUUGGUGACGGCGCUGGUACUGAUGAUAUGAAGCUUGUUGCUGAUAUUGAUCUCGGAAGACAUGCUUAG